AUGAAUUCAAACAUCGAUCCUCAUCAAAUGGUACUAACAUCAAUUGUGUCUACAAGUCCUUCUGUCGAAACUAGAACUCAUCCUAGUGAACUUGUAGCGAAACGUUCAAUGUUAGCUAGGCGAGUGACUGGUAUAAACCGAAUGUCGAUUCCUCAGCAUGCUUCGGCUACACUUACAUUUCAUAAUAUUAAUUAUGUAGUUGGAUCCAAAUCAGCAUCAAGCAAAGAAUGUCUGAAAUAUGCAAAACUUCCAUUCUUUAAAGCUCGAGAACCGAAACAAGUUCUGUUCGAUGUGUCAGGGCAAUUCAAGAAUGGCAUGAAUGCUAUACUUGGCCCUUCUGGAUGUGGAAAGUCAUCACUGCUUGAUGUUCUGGCUGAUCGAAAAAAUCCCCGAGGUCUUUCUGGACUUGUACAGGUUGAUGGGGAGCCACGCCAUCCAUCUUUUAGAUAUACGGUUGGUUAUGUCGUUCAAGAAGAUAUCUGUAGUGGUACACUAACAGUUCGUGAAAAUUUGUGCUUUUCAAUUAAUCUUCGUAUUCCACAAGAAAUGACAAUAACUGAAAAGAAUGAGUGUGUCAAUCGUGUCAUUAAAGAACUUGGCCUUGAAGCUUGUGCCGAUACACGUGUAGGUACAGAAUUUAUUCGUGGCGUCUCUGGUGGCGAAAAAAAACGCACUUGUAUUGGACUUGAUGCAUCAACAGCAAGUAGUGUUAUGCAUUGUCUAAAAAAUCUAUCUCGACAAGGACGUACUGUCAUCUUUUCUAUUCAUCAACCACGCUACUCCAUCUUUAAAAUAUUUGACACUGUAAUGUUCAUGUGCAAAGGUCGAUGUGUUUAUCAUGAUUCAGCUGAAAAUGUUGUUCCAUUCUUUGCGACACACGGAUAUCAAUGUGAACAAUAUGACAAUCCAGCUGAUUAUGCACUGGAUGUCUUGAUUGAUAUUAGUCGAAAGCCAGAAACACUGGUAAGACUAAAUAAUGUAUACAAUAGCACGCACGCAAAUGCAUUGGCGUUCUCACACUCACAAAAAAAUCUACCUAAUGAUGAAAAUAUUGAACAGGAACGGCAAAAAUAUAAGAUAGAAGCAGCUCGUUCAGUUGUGGCCGAAAUAUUUUAUUUAUCACAACGAACACUUCGAAAUUCUGUGCGCAAUCCAGCAUUGGCACUGUCACAAACACUUGUUUCUAUUGCUAUCGGUUUAUUAGUAGGACUAUUGUUUUAUGACUUGAAGAAAACAAUUGAACCUGGUGUUCAAAAUCGGCUUGGUGCAAUUUUUUUCAUUAUCAUGAGUCAGACUUUUAGCAAUUUGACAGCGAUUGAGCCGCUCAUCGGUGAAAGUGCACUAUUCAUUCACGAACGUGCGAGUGGUUACUAUAGAAUCUUCACAUUUUUCAUAGCCAAAUUAGUGUGCGACUUGUUACCUAUGCGUGUGCUACCAGCCGUUUUGUUUUCUGUUAUCUCCUAUUUUAUGAUAGGCUUAACUCGAACAAGCGGCCAAUUCUUUAUUUAUCUGUUAACAGUCUUUAUGACCAGUCUAUUUGGAUCAGCUUUAUGCUUCUUCAUUGCAGCUACUAUACCUGUCUUUGGUAAGAUACUUGAUUUUCUCUACUUAUGUUCACGAUAUUAUUAUUUAACAAAAGCCACGUAG